ACAGUUUAAUUAACUUCCUGCGUGCUUAGGUAUCGAUUUCAAACAGAAACUCAUCAACUUGGAUGGAGUGCCAAUAAAGCUACAAAUUUGGGAUACAGCAGGACAAGAAAGAUUUCGAACGCUAACCACAGCUUAUUAUCGCGGAGCUAUGGGCAUACUACUGAUGUAUGAUGUGACGAACUUGGAGAGUUACAAUAACCUGUCAUAUUGGCUGCGAAAUAUUCAAGAGAACGCGUCACCGGAUGUUGUCAAAGUCUUGGUUGGCAACAAAUGCGAAUGUUCGGCAACGCAGCGAGCGGUUGACAAAGAAAGAGGCGAAAAAAUUGCUGAAAACUUCGAUAUGCCAUUCUUUGAGGUGUCCUGCAAAUGCAACAUAAACAUUGAGGAGGCUUUUCUAGCAUUGGCAAGAAAAAUCCGAGAACAGCGCGAACGCCGGGGUGAUAAUUUUGAUAACGACGAAAAGACACAAGACAAAAAAUCGCCCGGUUCCAACGGCUUAGGUACAUUCAGCUUGGCCAGCUUGUCCGAAGGCAAUCGUUGCUCCUGCUAAGCCGAACGGAAAUAUUCCACAUACUCCUAAGGAACAAUACGUCCAAUAGAGUGCUAUAGUGGAAUACUUCCAUGCAUACAUACAAACAUAUGCGUGUAUAUGUACGCCUAAGUAUACAAGUACAUACCACUGGCCGGGCAAGUGCAUUCAGUGUGAGUGUGGGAACGUUGGUUGGCUGGAUUUUGAAAUCAGGCAGACUCAGACGUACGUAUGUAUGUAUGUAUGAUUGUAUGUAUAUUUUGAAGGAACAAAGCCAAUUUAGUCGAAACUUAUGUAUAUUCCUCAGAGAAAUAAAUCGCUGUUUGAAUCUCAACGCUUCAUAUUUGUAGCAUAUGUACGUACGUACAUAUGUAUAUUGCGAAUUGGGUUACUUUAAACAGUGUUUUUUGAAAUACCAUUAAUUAGGCGCUGGAGUAGUUAGUUACAUCCAUAAAUUAAUUGCCGUUUGGUUGCUAAUUAAUGAAAAUUUACUCUUGAACAUACAUAUGUAAGUACAUAUGAGGCAAUGAGAGUCAGAGGAGCAUAUCUACAUACGAAAAAAUUUGUUUGAGUAAUAUGCGAAGGAAGGAUUUAUAAAUACUAAAUAGCAGGGACGUGAACAGGUUUUAAACCGAACCGGUUUUGAACCGGAAAACCGAUUUUUUCUAUUAAUUAACUGAACCAUUAACCGAACCGAAAUUUUCCACAAAUGUUUGAUCCGAACCGAAACCGAACCAAUUUUCAUAAAGGUUUAAAGGUUAGUUUAAUCCAAUUUUCAUUAGAUAAAUUUACACGCUUUUGUUUCGUUUCGUUAAAUAUGGUAAUACCUACAACGUUUGUUUACCAUGUGGAAAUAUCAAAUGUAAAGGCAACUCAUCUCAUUUAGCACACACUUAAAAUUUAACCUUGCGCUUUGUUGCACUUGACACUUUACACUCAGACUUGCGCGUUAUUUUUUUUCCCCCAACCCUUGAACAGAACCAAAACCCCGGUUCAAAGACUAAAAAAAACGCUUUGUCGAACCAAUGCAAAAGUGCAAAAACGGUUCGAACCGCUAAACCGAACCGACCAAAUUUUUCAUCCGGUUCACGUCCCUGAUAAAUAGGGUCUUUCACUGAAAAGUUCAUUGCAUCUACGUGAUGCUGCCUGUUAGAGUAAAAUAAAACUGAACAGGCGUGUCUCGGGCUAUUAGCGUUUCAUUCUAUUAAUGCAUUUUAAGCUGUACCUCACCUUUUUAAUGUAAGGCUACUUUGGCUCUCAAAGCCUCAUAUGUACAUAUAUAUGUAAGUAAAACAUACACAUUAUGUACAUAUGUACAGUGUUGGACAAAAGAUAUUUGACUGGGAAUCGGAACUUGAUUAAAAUGAGACUUAAAAGAUUUCGAAAAAAUUGUUAAAUAGUUUAAUUAGUUUAUACACGCAACACGGAUUAAAAUUUUUCUUAAAAAUAAUUGAAUUUUAAAAUUUGGAUUUGCUCAUUUUCAGAAAUUGUUGCGCAACACAGCAUUUUAUUGUGGCAACAUUUGGCCAUAUAAGGCUAUCGAAAAUAGAGUUGUUUUGUUGAAUAGUGUGCAUAAAAAUACAUAAACAAUUUUAUAGUACAUAUUUGUUUUCUUACUUACACUGAUUUUUUCGAAUGUUUCAUUUUACUAAAUAUUAUACUAUUUCUAUCAGAAAAAGGACGCAAUCUUGCAUGGCUAUCCAUAAUUUAAAUAACAAAAAAACAUCAAUAUUAAG